UAAUAUUGACUUUUUAUGCUAAUGCACAGGAACAGUAACCCGUUUGUUUUGGGAAUGUAUUUACGCUUACAUUUUUUUGGACUGAUGUAAAUAAUUCUUUCUAAUCAAAAUUAGAACCCGCAGCAAAAACAAAAACAUUUAAAAAAUAGGCAUGUACUUUUUGGAUAUUGUAUAUUGUGUUGUAGUCAAUCAAGUUUUUUAAAAAAAAAAUAGUAAGUGGGAAAUGCGCAAAUGUCCGUCAUAUCCGGAUAGGUUUGGGGGUGCACUCGUUUGUAAACUGCGUUACCUGAGUGAGCGGGGCUCGUCCAACGAAGGGAGUUUUUUUUUAAGCACCGCUCGUGCGGUAUGUGCGGUAGAUAACAUUUAAUGCUUACUCGCUUAACUGAAGGCGGGAUGGCGAAAAGUUGAAGCUGAACUUUUCAGUGCAAAUAUUGCUCGAAUUGCGGCGUAAGCGGUAAAUAAACAUCUGCAGGUUUCGCCAAAUAUCAGUUCCAUCUUGAGGAAAUUUCCCAAGUAGGCGCCGUUUAGUUUUGGCUUUUGGUUAAGUCAAAGUGGCGGCCUGGCCACUUACUAAGCUAGCCGUCAACGUUUUCUUUGACUUGUAGAAUGGCGACGAGUAAACCAAACAACACGUUUGCUGAUGUCAGUCUCCCCUUCGCCGGCUUGCAGCGGCUGGCUCCGCCCGUGCGCUUGCUGUCCGCCGCCUUCUGGAAGGUGAUGAAGCAGCGGGACGUGGCGCAGUACGGCGUCCUGGAGGAGUUUGUGUCGUCCACGUGCGAGAUGGUGUCGGGCUUGCUCACCUUGAGGCACCAGGUCAAGCUCACAUUGGGGCUUCGAUCCCGGCUCAUCUUGGAGCUUCUGCGCACCCCCCAACCUGAUGAGAAGGUCAUCAAGACGCACCUGAGAAGGAUCUACGCUGCUUCCACCCCGUCGACGUCUUCGGCUCCAACUGUGAAGAGGGACGUCAAGGUGGAAAAAUCAGUGGAGAAUUUCCACACGUUGGUGCACGAGCUGCUCACCGACCCGGCCGCCAAAGAGGAGUUCUUCCAGGAGGAGUUCCCUCACGACUACGGUCCUUUGUUCGACCAGGCGUUGGAGAAGCUGCUGUGGGAGUUUCUCAUUCGUUUGGAUCAACUGCUCCCAGUGCCCAGCCUUUCUCAGACGGUGUCCUGGCUGAGCGAAACCCCCGCCGUUUUGGAAGAGUGCGCCCGAGCGGCCACCCAGCCCCAGCUCCUGAAGAUUUUGCUCGACCAUCAAACCUGCCUCGGGCAUCUCGAACCCGCAGCAUCCCUCCCUCCAAACAUGGGAGACUCCAUCUUGGCGUCCCUCUCUUUACCCCUCUCCGGAAAAGCAUCCUCAAAUCCGCAACAAGACCCUGCCGCGUCCUCUUCUGGAGAUCAGCCCGCGCGGAGACGAGAAAAAACGGCCGCCGUUGCGAUCGGGCCAGUAACCGACGAUACGCCGGCUGUGAAAAAGGCCGAACAAGAUGGUGGCCGGAUGACAAGGUUGUCGGCGACGAGGAGCCGCCGCGCAAAGCGCAAGCAAGCAGACGGCGUCGAGGAGGAAACGCCGACGUCCAAGAAUCCUUGCCCCCUUGCGGCCGACUGUCUGCGCCGCCGAGCUAGAGUCGUCAUUCGAAAACUGCCGCGCUCCGAGCUCCUUAGAGCAGGAACGACGUCCAACGGGCCCGGGCGCCGCCGGCCUCAAACGGCUCUCCGCAUGGAAGUCCGCAGCUUAGACGAUAAAGAGAAUCAUCCCACAGGAGAAAGCGGAGGCGCCCUGUCGUCGUCUCUGCAACGGAGCGACGCAGACGCGCCGGGCCUCGCCGGCGACGACUACGUUGCCGAUUCCGAGGACGAAGCGACCAAGAAGUUCAAAGAGAGGCUGUUUAUGAAGCGCUACUGCAAAACAAAACACGGCACUUAUUUCCCCACUCUGCGGGAGUUCUGGAAGCUGGGGAAUCCCACAAAACCACUUCAGGGCAGACGGUGAACAUGACUUUGACCUUUCAACAUUUUGAUGUCACUUUUUUAUGUCACAUGAUCAAUCAUGGAAGUGUAACUCUUGUAAUCAUUGGAAAUUAAAUUGUGGUGCUUGUGUUUUAUGCUGA